UGACGUCAGGGUGGGUAGAAGACUAGUGGGCUGAGAAUGUAAACAUGGUGACAGGUCCGUGAGAAGAGCUCCAAAAUGGUCUUCGAAAGCGUCGUUGUAGACGUCCUUAACAGAUUCCUUGGGGACUACGUUGUAAACCUUGACAGUUCGCAGCUCAAACUCGGCAUAUGGGGAGGUGAUGCUGUGCUUACAAAUCUUGAAAUUAAGGAAAAUGCUUUGAGUCAACUUGACAUUCCCUUUAAAGUGAGAACUGGACACAUAGGUUGUCUGGAGCUCAAGAUUCCAUGGAAGAACCUUUACACCCAAUCAGUGGAGGCCACGCUGGAUGGUGUUUAUCUGCUCAUAGUCCCCACGGCAAGUAUAAAGUAUGACCAGGAAAAGGAGGAAAAGCAGCUUCAGGAGGCACGUCAGAGGGAGCUGCAGAGAAUCGAGGAGACAAAGCUGAAAGCUGCUGAAAUAGAGAACCCUUCGCUCCAGAAACAGGACACUUUUAUGGAAAAGCUUGUCACUCAGAUCAUCAAAAAUGUCCAAGUGAAGAUCUCCAACAUCCAUGUUCGCUAUGAGGACAAUGUGACCAAUCCACAUUGUCCUUUGUCCUUUGGUGUGUCUCUGGAAAACCUCAGUCUCCAGACCUCCGACGAGAACUGGAACCCCUGUCUUUUGGAUGAGAAUGCCAGGCUUUUCUACAAAUUGGUUAAACUAGACAACCUCUUUGCCUACUGGAAUGUCAAAUCUGUCCUCUUCUCCAAUCGCAGUUCUGAGGAGGCAUUGAUGUGCCUCCAGAAAACCAUGGACAUCAGUGGGGCUCUUCCUACCAGCCAUGAUUUCAUUUUACGCCCAAUUUCUGCGGACGCAAAACUUUGCAUGAAUCCCAGGUCUGAUGUGGACUUCUCAUACCCCAAAAUAGACCUUAUGGUCAAUCUCAGUGAGGUGGCUAUUGAACUUAACAGGCCCCAGUACAUCAGUAUCCUGGAGCUUCUAGCCUCAGUGGACAUGAUGUCCCGUAACUUGCCAUACAGGAAAUACAGACCCGAUAUCUAUGUUCAUAACCAUGCCAACUUAUGGUGGUCGUACGUCAUUACAAGUGUCCUGGAGGUGGAUGUUCAGCCUCGACUGCGCAUGUGGUCAUGGGAACACAUACGGGAGCACCGGAUGAUGGUGAAGCAUUACCGUGGGCUUUACAAGCUCAAGAUCACAUGCAAGAAACCCGGCGUGGAGCUACUCAAGGAUCUUGAGGAGUUUGAGAAGAACCUGGAUCUUUUUAACAUCACACUGGCAAGACAGCAGGCUGAAGUGGAGGCAAGCAAGGCAGGGCUGCAUAUUUUCCGCCCAGGCUUGAAAAUGGAAGAAGAGGAGACUCAAGGUUGGGUCAGCUGGAUGUGGAACUGGGGAGGAUUGCCCGAGACCCAAACAACAGAGGCCAAACCCGGAGCCAUUGAUGAGCUGUUAACCGGCGCCGAAAAAGCAAAGCUCUACGCUGCCAUCGGAUACAGUGAGAAUGCAACUAACCCCAAUUUUCCAAAAGAUUUUGAGGAUAUGAAGAUGAAUUUCCACAUGGACAAGCUGAGCCUAUCCCUCAAGAACAGCAAGGAGAAAAUGGAAAUCAUCAAGCUGACUAUUGGGGAGCUGAUGUCUGAUCUGACACAGAGAUCUGGAGCGCAAGCCCUGAAAUUCACAGCCCUGGUCAGUUCGUUCGAGGUCACUGGUCUCGCGGAUGACCGACAGCCCCCUACCCUCCUGUCGUCGACGGCAGACAUGGCAUUAGGAAUCCCGCUGCUCAACAUUUUGUUUGAGACCAACCCAGCAGAUGAAAGUGCCAAUCAGCGCUUCCACGCCGAAUCUCUGCCACUGGAAAUAAUCUACGAUGCCAUAACAGUAAACGCCAUGUCAGCCUUCUUUAUGCCACCUGAUGACCUUCAGUUGGACGAGCUCACCAACGCUACGUUAAUGAAACUGGAGCAGUUCCGAGACCGCACAGCCACUGGUCUAAUGUAUGUGAUAGAGACACAAAAGGUUCUGGACCUCAAUGUGAACCUGAUGGCCUCUUACGUCAUCAUUCCACAGACUGGAUUCUACGACGGCACUCAGAACUUUAUGCUGCUGGAUCUUGGACACUUACAGAUGACCAGUCAAAGCAAGAAGCAUCUUCCCCAGCUCAUCGUGGGCUCCAGCAAAUUGGAAGACAUCAUGUUGAGAGCGUAUGACGGCUUUGACAUCCAGCUCAACAACCUGCAGUUCCUUUAUAGUAAACCAGAUGACGACUGGAGAAUGGCUCGUGAGCAGAAGCAGUCACCGCUCCACAUCCUGGAACCAGUGGAUUUAAAGGUGGUGUUCAGCAGGGCUUUAGUUGUCAAAGACUCGCGCAUGGCAAAAUAUAAGAUUUCUGGAGAACUCCCACUGCUAUCCCUUCGUAUCUCGGACAUCAAACUUCGGAAUAUUCUGGAGCUGAUCGACAGCAUCCCAAUGCCGGAUAAGAAACCUGCCGCACAAAAUGCAACAAAGACCAAGCAAUACACACCACAGCUGGCUCCCAGGAGACCCCGAACAGAACAACAUUCCUCCCUCCUGUUGGACUCGUGCGAGACCAUGAGCAUUACUUCAUUGGGAUCUGAAGAGGACUUGUUCUACGACGCUCCCAGCUCUCCCAUCACUGGGCAGCAGUUCUUCUCCGACAGUCCCGCGCCGCUACGCUACGGCGACCUAAACAGAAUAAAGAGCCUGUGCCACGAAGAACGUCAGAAAAACAUGACCAACUUCUUCAUGACAUUUGAAAUCAAUGAGUUCUCUAUUCAGUUGUGUCGCUUGUCUGGGUGUGAGGAGAUCCCAGUGCUCCACUUGGACGUGGAGAGCCUGGGCACGGAGCUCACAGUUCGAAGUUUUGACAUGACAUCCUUCACUUACCUCAAGGAGUUUUGCUUAAAAUGUCCCGAAUACAUGGAUUCUGAACAGAAAAAAGUCGAGCUGGUCACUACUUUGGACAACCAAACGAUGGACAUAUUGACCCUGGAGUAUAUUAAAGCUGACAAGACUGGUCCUGAAUUCAAGUCCCUACACAACAACACAGAGCAGGUCAUCAAGUUGACCUUCUCAUCUCUGGAUGUUCAUCUCCACACGGAGGCGCUCCUCUACACUAUGAACUUUCUCAACAAUCUCGCCCCGCCGUCCACUAAGGCGGAGGAAGACCAUCACAAGCUCCCCGCCAUCCAGGAGGAUGAAUCGAACGAGGAGGGGAAGAAGGAGGCCUCUGCUGUCGCCAAGAAAAAAACGACGAUGAAUGCAAAGACUGCAGCCAUAAUCAAUCUGCAUGUCAAAGCUGAUCUCCGUGCUCUGAAGGUUUUCAUCCGAGGAGAGAAAGCCAGGAUCUCUGAGAUCUGCAUUGAAGGCCUUGUUUCUGAGGUUUUCAUGCGGAAGAAAGACACAAAGGUCCUGGUCAACCUAAAGAACAUUGCGAUCUUUGACUGUGAUGAAACCGCCUUAUAUAAGAAGGUUGUGUCUAUAGAAGACAAGGAGGUAUUCGCCUUCCAGAUGGUCAACUAUACAUGUGCAACAGAGGGUGACGCCUACCUGGACAUGUCUCAAGUUGACAUCUCCGUCACUAUGACUUUAGGGUGCAUUCAGGUCAUCUUUCUUAACAAGUUUGUCUCCUCCAUACUGGCAUUUAUAAACAACUUCCAGGAGGCUAAAAUGGCUGUGGCUGAGGCAACGCAGCAGGCAGCCGAGAAGGCAGCAUCAGGCGUAAAGGAGCUGUCAGGGCGGAGCAUGCGGAUUUCUCUCAACGUCGGCUUGAAUGCACCUAUCAUCUUCGUCCCUCAGUCCUCUUCGUCCAGGAACGUCCUGGUGGGCGACCUGGGCUUCCUGUCUGUAAAGAACCACUUUGCCACGCAACCCUAUGAAAGCAACGUCAAUGUCCCGCCUGUGGUGGACGUCAUUGAAGUCAAGCUGACAGACCUCAAGAUGUACAGAACCACAUUCAUUGAUGGAGGCUUCCAGGGCGAGAGCCAGCUGCUAAAGCCACUGUGCCUCGACCUGAACAUUAUGAGAAAUCUUUCAUCAGGCUGGUACAGCCACAUCCCAGACAUUGCGAUUGCAGCGCACCUCAAGCCGCUGAGUUUGAUCCUCAGCCAGGAUGACAUGAUAGUUAUUUUCAGGAUUCUCAACGAAAAUCUCACGGAGACCUCUGGCAUCGCCUCCCCCAACUGUCCACUUGAUUCUAUUGACGCCUCCGAACCCAACAAAGACUCGGACAGCUCCGGAAACCCAGGAGCCAGCAGCAACACGGUGGUGACUGCAGCUGUUGUGGAGGCUCAUGAAGACAGGCUCAAGAUAACCAUGAAAUUUGACUUCAAGUUUGACUCCAUGUCACUGCUCCUGUAUCAGCCUAAUGGGAAUGAGACUCAGCUGUUGGACCCACAUGAUAACCUGCUAAAGCUGGGACAGUUUGCCCUGGGCACCAUCUCCACCUCUGUCACCAUGUUCGCCGAUACCACCAUGAAGGCCUUGGUCCGACUAUCCACCUGCCUUCUCGAUGACACGAGGCCAACAAGCAACACAUUCUCCCCAAGGAUGAUGGCGCUGCGUCCCGGUGCAGAGCAGAAGAUGAUGGUGGAGGUCAACUAUCGGCAGGGCCGUGAAGGUUUCUCCUUGGACACGGUAGUUCAGGACGUGUACCUGUGCGCUAGCAUGGAGUUCCUCCUCGCGGUGGCCAAUGUCUUCCUCAACGCCCACAAGGAAGGCUUUGCUGAGACGCCCCAAGCCAAGGGCAACGCUGCAUUGGGAGACAAGAGCAGCUCACAUGCUGCAUCGAUGGAAAUCACUGCUGCUCCGGCCACUUUGUCAAAGACGGUGAUUAACGUAGUGGUGCGAAACCCAGAGAUCGCAUUUGUCGCCGACCUGACGAGUGCCGAGACACUGGCCCUGGUGAUGACCACGGAUUGUGAACUAGUCAUGAAAAAUGACACAGAGAGUUCAACUAUGACUGCCGUUAUCCAAGAUCUUAAGGUUGUGGCAUGUCCCUUCUUGAGCGAGAAGAGGGUAAACAACGUAACCACAGUACUGCAGCCAUGCCAGGUGUUCUUCCAGAGUAGUCAAUCCAGUACUUCUCCACAAGCUAUGGAGCUCUCCAUCAAUGCUCUCUCGCUGAAGGUUUCUCCUAUCAUCAUCAAAACAGUCAUCUCCAUCCAGUCGGCCCUGACUCCGGCUGCAGACACCACAGAGGAGCUUGAAAGCCCCGUCCCGGUAGAUAUGUGGUCGAAGCGGGACUGGAAGGACCUCAAAUUGUGGUUCUUGGAGGAGCAGGGAGAUUCAGUCACACAAACACUGGAGCCACUGAUUCCGCAAGGGGAGUCGUUGAAGCUUGACAUCAAAUCAAUCUGCUUGACCCUGGAAGCUGGCGUCGGACACCACACAGUCCCCAUGCUUCUGGCAAAGUCCUCCUUCCAGGGAGACGUCACAAACUGGACCACGCUCAUUAACUUACACAGCGUGCUCAAUUUAGAGGUCCAUUACUAUAAUGAGGUGUUAGGAGUGUGGGAGCCGCUGCUAGAGCCUUUAGAGGAUGAGACAAGAGAUGGCUUCAGGCCCUGGACACUGGAUGUGAAGAUGAAAAAGAAACCACUGAAGAGCAUUAGAUGGGCAGAUGAAGUGGACUACAGUGUCCCAGACUACAAGACCAUCAUUAUGAUCAGCAGUAAGGACCAGCUCAACAUCACACUCUCCAAAUGUGGACUGGCCAUGCUGAGCAAUUUGGGCACGGCGUUUUCCGACGCAGCCAAACAGACAACGAAGAGUUUUCAGAAGGAUGAAGCUCCAUUUGUGGUGAAGAACCGACUGGGCCUCCCGGUCUUUGUCCAGUACAGCGACAUGUUUUCUCCCAUCAAUAUGCAGAGCGACAACCAUACCGUGGAGCUCCAGGAUGGCCAAACGGUCGGAAUGGACUAUACAACCACGACAGAUUCUGACCAGUUCUCAGCAAUGAUCUCCUUAAGCGAAAAGGACUACUACAUACAGCCAACUCCAGCUGGCCACACCUCAGCCCAUGUAAUCCCCCUGAUCAAGGUGGGACGGGGAAUGUACAGCGUCAUGCACCAAUUGUCAGGAGUCACUCGUUUCCUGGUGUGUCAGAUUUACUCUAUGGAGGGCAGCAAGUUCAUCAAGAUCCGCUCACCGUUCCAGAUCAUCAAUCACUUCUCCAUCCCGUUUAAAGUGUUUAAGGGAUCAACAUGUCUGGGUACAUCACUCUCCACAGAGGACUUCUGUGUGCCUCUGGACUCAUACAGGUCCGAGCUGAGCUUCCAGCCAGUCAUGGGGGACGAGGGCGACCAGUUCGAUUGCUCAGAGGGCUUCAGGUACCAAGACAUCAACCCGGAGCAGCUCAUUCAGCAAACGUGCCGUCUCUGCGGGAAAGAGAACGGCGUGCUGACCAUCAACAUCGUUCCCCUUAUGGAUAAAGUGACGUUCAAAGACACUGGCAGCGUGGGAGACAACUUUGACGUGCCCUAUGUGCUCCACCUGUGGCCCUCCAUCCUGCUACGCAACCUGCUGCCCUACGCCAUCACCUACAAACUCAUCGACAGUGGAUCUUCUGCCUCCGAGGCCACGCUGGGACCGGGACACUCUGCUGAGCUUCACACUGCUGUCAUGGACCAGUCUAGCCUAGACCUCCACUUGGUUGACUACUUUGCUCAAGACUGGUCUGCCACUUACAGUCUCUGCAGUAACCAGGAGGAGAUCACCUUAAUCACGUUCAUGUCCCUCCGAGAGGACGAAGAGUUUUACAGUGAGGAGACGACGAGGGCGGAGUUGGACAUAGCUGUACACGUCAAGUACGACAAGGGCCAGACGGAGGUCGCCAUCCACUCGCCGUACUGGAUGGUGAACAAGACGGGCAGGCUGCUGCAGUACAAGGCUGACGACAUCCACCGCAAGCAUCCUCUGGACUACGACAUGCCGCUGCUCUUCUCCUUUAAACCUCGUUACUUUCUAAAAAACAACAAGGUCCGUCUCAUGAUCUCCGAAAGUGACCACUCUGAUGAGUUUUCCAUGGACACUGUUGGGAGCUACGGAGAUGUCAAAUGUAAAGGACAAUAUAAAGAUUAUCGGGUUGGCGUGAAAAUCGACACAAGCAGUUUCAGUCUCACUCGCAUCGUGACCUUCAUGCCGUUUUACACGCUGGUCAACACAACCGGGCAGACUAUCUUUGUAUGCGAGGUGGACGAGGAGAACUGGACCGAAGUUCCACCAGAACAGUCAGCCAUUCCAUUCUGGCCAGAGAACGACACCAAGCUUGUCAAUGUCAAGACAAAAGACUGUUCGUCUCUUCAAACGAUUGACUUCACACGUCCAGAGAACUGCUUAUUGCUUCACUUGGACAACUCUGGUGGUGAGAUCAUUGUAGAAGUGAACGUAACGGAGCACUCUGCCACAAUACGAUUCUCAAACUACCACGACGGUGCAGCCCCCUUCCUUAUCAUCAACCACACCAAACGUCGGCCCUUGGAGUUCCAUCAGAGCGCAAAGAAAGAGUUUCCAUGGGUGCCCAAUGAGCUGCUCGACCUCUCCUUGGCAGUGACGGAGGACAGCUCGCAGAAAGAAACAGAGGAAUAUGAGGCACUAGAGGCGGGCAAGGCUGUGCACUACACCUGGACCGAGCCCACCGGCUCCAGAGAGCUUUGCUGGAAGUGGGGCGGUUACAGCGGGAUGCUAAGAAGCGAAGAGGACCUGCGUGAAAAUGUCAGAGAAGAAGGCAUUCUAUAUGUCAUCUCAUUUUAUGAAGGUCUCCAGCGAGUAGUGCUGUUUACUGAGGAGCUACGCCUCUACAAGCUGCUGUACGAGAGCGAGAAAGCGCAGUUGGCCGACCAGGAGGUCAUCCUGUCGCUGUUCAGUGUUGGAUUGUCUCUGGUCAACCACAGCAGCAACCAGGAGAUCGCCUUUAUUGGGAUCACUAGUUCCGACGAGGUGUGGGAGUUCAAGCCCAAGAAGAAGAAUCGCUGGAAGGCUCUGGCCACCAAUGAAGCUGAGAUUCUAGAGAUGCGCUACAAAGACUAUGUGGAAUCUGAACCUGUAGACAAAGCCAUCAUCGACCUGGAAAACAACUUCCAGGUAUUGCUGUCUACCAACGCCAACGAAAUGCGAUUGCUGCAGCCGUGUUCCGCUCCCCUCCGAAGGCACUUCGUGCCGGGCGUCAAGGUGGAAUAUAGCACUUCGCUGCGCCAGAGCACCUACCGUGUCCAAAUCCACCGCCUACAGAUCCAGAAUCAGCUGCCCGGGGCCAUCUUUCCUUAUGUUUUCUACCCUGUAAAACUACCAAAGUCCAUCGCCGUGGAUGCAGAACCAAAGCCUCUCACUGAUAUCAGCAUCGUAACCAGGGCAGCAGGACACUCUAACAUCUCACGCAUCAAGUACUUCAAGGUGUUGAUUCAAGAAAUGGAUCUCAAACUGGAUCUGGGAUUUCUUUUUGCCAUCCUGGACAUGUUCAGCUUCGAGGAUGCCAGCGCCAUGACCGCACUGCAGAAGGUGGAACUCUUUGAGAAGGAUGUGGAGUACAUCAAGACGGAGCUAAACCACGCCUCCGUUGCUGACACAACUCCCAUUAGCCUCUUUGAGUAUUUCCACAUCUCCCCCAUCAAGCUUCAUUUAAGUUUAUCUCUGAGCACCGGCGGUGAGGACGGCUUGAAGGAGAAGAGAGCCAACGAACUCAUACCCAUCCAGUCGCUCAACCUGCUGCUGAAAAGCAUCGGCGCCACGCUCACCGAUGUGCAGGACGUCGUCUUCAAGCUGGCCUACUUUGAGUUGACCUUCCAGUUCUGCACCACGCAGCAGCUCAACUGGAUGGUCGUCAGGCAUUAUUCCAAACAGGCUAUAAAGCAGAUGUAUGUGCUGGUGCUGGGCCUGGACGUCCUUGGAAAUCCAUUUGGGCUGAUCCGAGGGCUGUCGGAGGGAGUUGAAGCCUUUUUCUACGAGCCCUAUCAGGGAGCCAUCCAAGGACCAGAGGAGUUUGUGGAAGGAAUGGCGCUCGGAAUGAAGGCUCUGGUGGGCGGAGCUGUAGGGGGCAUAGCUGGCGCCGCCUCCAGGAUCACAGGUGCCAUGGCCAAGGGGGUCGCCGCCAUUACCAUGGAUGAAGAAUACCAGCAGAAGAGACGAGAGGCCAUGAACAAACAACCCAGCGGCUUAAAAGAGGGUCUGACCAGGGGUGGAAAAGGAUUAGUGUCUGGAUUUGUCAGCGGGAUUACAGGGAUUGUUACCAAACCCAUUCGAGGAGCACAAAAGGAAGGAGCGGCAGGCUUCUUUAAAGGAUUCGGUAAAGGUCUGGUUGGUGCUGUCGCCAGACCCACAGGAGGCAUCAUCGACAUGGCCAGCAGCACGUUUCAAGGCAUCAAGAGUGCGGCAGAUACGUCGCAAGACAUCGGAUCUCUGCGUCCUCCUCGCUUCAUCCACGAGGACGGCGUCAUACGGCCAUACAGGCAAAGGGAGGGCAUCGGCAGUCAAAUGCUGCAGAAAAUCGAGAAUGGGCGUUUUGCUAAAUACAGAUACUUUGCUCACGCUAACGUCAACGACUCCGACUUCUUCAUGAUCACCAAGAGGGGGAUUUUCUUCGUGACCACGGGAACGUUUGGUCAACUGAACUGCGAGUGGCAGUAUUUGUUUGACGAGUUCACGAAGGAUCCCACCAUCGUGGAAAACCGCCGUCUUCGCAUCGAGGCUAAGGAGCGAGUCAAGUCGGUGUUUCACGCCAAAGAAUUUGGCAAGAUCAUCAAUUUUAAGACGCCCGAGAUCGCCACGUGGGUUCUCGCUAAACUGGAGGACGCCAGGGAGAGGUUACCCAAAUACUGACCAGAAAAACAACACACACACACACACACUAAACACUCACUAAACACUCACUAAAGAGCUCAUAUACAUCACCAGUGCCUUUGUUUGAAUGCAUAUCUAUUCUGUGUUGUGUUUUGUGUGUGCGUGCGUGCGUGUAAGAAGAGUUUUUGAACAAAUUACACUUUAAGUUAAGAAACAGCUCUUGUCACAUUAAGGGAAUAAUCACAUUUAUUUUUUAUUUCACACACUCAUUAAAAUAUUUUUUGGAUUGGAUGGAAACGGUAUUUUUUUAUACACAUUUUUGCAUACACAUGCCAUUUUUUUUUAAACUGUAUGCUGUAUAUUAAUCUAAUAUGUAUAUACACAAAUAUACAAAUAUUCAUCCACAGCACUAACACUGUAAUUUCAAUGAGUUUUUUAUAUUGCACAUAUGCAAGGCCAAGUAAGUUUCAAAUAAUGCUAAUUAUAUUAUCAACAUGUUUUUGUUUUUUUAUUUAUGCUUGGGGUUUAUGACUAUCUGGUGUAUAUUUUUCGGUGUACAUUGCAAUGGCUCAUUCUUUGAGUUCAAUAAAUGAUUAGCAUCUCUUCCCACCGCUUUAUUGUUGCUAAUCCUAUGCAAAACUGCACCAUAAUGACUCUAAAUAAAUGUGUUUAUUGGUGA